AUGCAGAAGAGUCUGUCCAUGGCAGCGCGAUCUCUCGAGCUUGCCUUUAAUAAAGGCAUCUCUCGAUCAGCUGGCGAAAUCGAGACCCAUCUCCUCAUUGAGCCCCUAGCAACUCCUCCUACGAUGGUCAACGACACGAAUAUCAGUCGCCACGUAACAGACGUGCGCGAGUUUGGCCUUUUCGGACGCCCUUUCUGGGUUAAUCUCAUCUAUGCCUUCCUUCUAUACUCUGCCUUCCUCGGAUUCAAGUCAUGCUUCUUGCACAAGACGAGUCGGAUUCCCGGACCAUGGCUUCUGCACUGGACUAUGAUCCCCGCUCUCGUCCACUACGUCCGCGGCACCCAAUGGCAGUACGUCGACAAGAUGCACGAGCAAUACGGGCCCCUCUUCCGUCUCGGUUCGCGUCAGAUCUACGUCUCUGACAAGCACGCCAUCCGACAGCUGCUCGCCAAGGAGAAUUUGCCCAAGGUCAACUGGUACGCCUCCCUCUCUCGCGAUCCCAAGACAGCUGGCAUGUUCACCACCACCAACAAGGAGUACCAUCGAUCUCGUCGACGUCUGAUGAGCCCCGCUUUCGCGGUCGAGUUUACGCGACAGCUCGAACCGUUCCUCGUCGAUGCCACCACCAAGCUGUUCGAAGGCUACCACCAGCGGGUUGAGAAGGCGGUCGAUGCGAGCAAAGGUUUGACUUUCAAUCUGUACGAGGACCUUGCAUGUCUCGCUAUGGAUAUCUUGGGAGAAACGGCCUUCGGUGUCAGCUUUAACCUCGUCGCUUGCCGAGACGACCCCGACGCCGAUCGCAAGUUCGUCGAGAUCAACAAGCUUCUGGCAAAGUACCUGCACGAUGGAGGGAUUCGAUUCUUCUGCCGUCCGUUCGACAAGUACAUGAAGCGCGAUCUGAACGUCUACAACCUCACCAACCCGCUGGUAGAUGCGCGUUUCGCCGAGACGGAAGCUAGACGUGCUCUCGCUGCUGCUGACGGAUCCGAGUCGUUGGAACUGGGCGAGUCCCGAAAAGACAUUCUGCAGUUCCUCGUCGAUGCAAGCCUGUCGAUGCAGAAGGGACAGAAAUCGCUGCUCACCCGCACGCACGUCCGCGACCAGUGCGUCGAACUCCUCAUCGCAGGUGGCGAGACCACCUCGAACACCAUCACGUACAUCAUCAAGUCCCUCCUCGACAACCCCUCGAAGCUCGCCAAGCUCUACUCCACCAUCCCUGCCGAACCGCUGGAUCUGCCCGUACCAGGAUUCACCGCGCUUCCGGACACGCCUUACCUCGACGCCUGCAUUCAGGAAGGGAUGCGCAUGAACCCUGUCACCUCCGAACUUGGUCGUCGAACCGGCAAGGAGUCCACCGUCGUUCUCGGCCACGUCAUCCCCCCACGCACCGCUAUUUCCGCUUCGCUGCGUUAUCUGCACUACUCCCCUUCCUACUGGCCUUCCCCUCACCGCUACUGGCCGGAACGCUUCCUGCCCCGCGAAUCCGAGUUGUUGCAGGACGAUCCAGCUCCAGCCGCGGAUAUGGACGCAUUCAUGCCGUUCGGUUGCGGUCCGCGCAACUGCAUCGGAAGCAAGUUCGCAUGGCACGAGAUGAGGAUGGUUCUGCACACCUUGUUGGCAAGGUACACGGUGGAAAAGAUGGAGGAGGAGGUGGAAUUCAGACAGUUUGUCACGUUCCAGCUGAAGAAACCCGAGUAUAGGAUCAAGGUUACUCCGAGGAUGGCGGGAUAG